GCCGCCGCGGCGUUCGCGCUUCACUUUGUCAGACCCGUUCGUCCGUGCCACUUGUCUCUCUCGUGUCGCUGCCGUCGUCGUCGUCAAGUUCCGUCAAUCACGUCCGAUUCAACAUGGUUCAACUCGUCAGCGAUGCCGCCGAUUUGGCAACUAAAUUAACUGAUGCUAAAGACAAAUUGGUCAUCAUUGACUUUUUUGCUAAAUGGUGCGGUCCAUGCAAGUUAAUGGGUCCAUUCAUUGAGGAGUUGGCUAAUGAGUACCCAGAUGUAGUAAUGUUAAAAGUUGAUGUUGAUGAAUGUGAAGAAGCUGCAAUUGAAUAUAACAUCCAAUCUAUGCCCACUUUUGUUUUCCUAAAAGCGAAAAAAGAGGUCAUUCGGUUUUCUGGUGCUAACAAGGAUAAAUUAAAGGAAAAUCUUUUGAAGUUCAAAUAAUUUUUAUAUUAUGGCUUCAACCUUAAAGUCCUACCACGGAUUUGCAGAUAUAUAAUUUUCUUACGAUCAAACAAUAAUGGAUUUUAUAUUGUCUUAAUCUAUAACAUUUGGUUAAAAUUAUUACAAAAAAUAUAUUUAUAUGUAUAAAAAAAAAUGCUUUAUACUAUAUUCAUAAUCGAUUUUCUUAAUGUUCUAAUUUAUAAUAUAAACAAGCUAUGCAAAUGAUACAGGAGCAAAUGUAUAUCUUACACAUAAUAUAUUUAGAAUAAAGAACACACAGAUGCAAAAUGCUACCAAUUAAAUUAAAAUUUUGUUAAUUUA